AUGGAGGCCACCGAACCGCGGUCCUCGCAAGACCGACCCGGCUUCAGCGUGCGCUCUCCCCAACGCGACGACCCUCCGCGCAGCCCAUUGAGCCCCAGAGGUUUCGCCAUCCGCGGGUCGAAACCCGGAGGUUCGCCAAAGUUGGCGACUGGAGGGGCCAAGGAAGCCCAGAGUCCCACUACUGGAGUGGGAGCAGGGUUUGGAGGGAGAUGGAACACCAAGGCGCGUCUGCCGGCAUCUUCGACAAAGCCAAUUGUCCCGGCGGCAGAGAGGAUACCGGAGGAGAGGAACCAGACCCCUCCGUAUCGUAAGAGAGCAGGUAGCUCUGCAGACGACAAAUUCGAGAUCGCCCCCGACGGAAGUUCUGCCGGGCGCGACGGAAGACAGUUCACCGUUGCCAACGUGGGGAACAAUGGCCGGAUAUACUUGAGACCAACUAUCCGCCCCGCCAACCAGAGGUACCCUCAGCCCAGUUUUGUCUUCCCUAUAACGCCACCAGGGACAGCGGGCCUAGAUGCCUUGACCGAGAAGCAGGCGGACAACGGCGGAAGUGAACUUCAUCUGAGCCAGUGGACCACCACCCCGCCAUCACCUGCAGCUGCUGCCAGUCCUCCAACGGGGACCAGCAGUCGCAACCUCUCCGGCCACGCGUCGAAGUCAUCUCAACACCGGCGUGCACAAUCUGACUCAACGAUUCACGAUGGCGCCACUAACCGAGACUCCGAGGCCGAAGGCUUCAAGAUUGUCAUUUCCAAACCGGGCGAUGAAAAACGAGCAAAGACGACGGAGGACUUGGGCACGCCUGAAAUUCCCCUGUUAGACAUUGAGAUUCCCAGUUGGAAAUUGGGCAACCCGCGAUUCACCGCUAGGGGCACUGCAUUCUUCAGAGGGUCGAGCUAUGCCCCGACAGAGGAAUUUCCGCGCUCAAGCAACGUUUCUUUCCUGCACCCGUCUCGGUCAGGUGAGUCCGCCCCGAAGACGCCCGAGUCGACAGCGUCCAAGAAGCCCAGUCCGAUCUCGGUUUCUCAAAUACGCCUGCCACCCCUAGAACCCACUAGGUCGGCCGACCCUCUCGAUCCACCUUCUAUGACAACGCCCCGGCCGCCCGCCGUUCGCUCGACCUACAUGUCGACCCAUCCGGUCAUCGAACCCGGCAUGUUUGAUGCUCUGACGUUCAAGCCAACAUGCGACGAUAGAUCGGUCGUACGGUACUCGCCGUCCACGGGUGCAGUGACGGCUGCAACGCCCCCCCGCCUUGUCGCCGAAUUCACCUCGCCCAGCUUCCUCGACUACGAGCUCAUUUCCGACUUUUUCCUCACCUACCGAACCUUCAUAGAUGCAGGCGAUCUCUUAAAACUGCUCAUGGCGCGUCUACGAUGGGCGCUCGACCGAAACGAUGAAAUUGGCAUGGUUGUACGGGUGCGGACGUUUGUCGCCAUGCGCCAUUGGAUUCUAAACUACUUCAUGGACGACUUUGUCAUCGAGUACUGCCUACGCGCGUCGUUUUGCAAUAUUCUCAAUGACAUGUACAGCGAGAUGUCGGCCGACCCCCGAGGCCGAAAAGUCCAGUUGAAGAUCCUCGCCGAACUCAAGAAGUGUUGGCGGCGGGUUUGCGGUCAGUUUUGGGACGGCCCCGAAUUCGAGCCUUCACUUGGACCGCAUAUGCCCAUCGCACCAGGCGGCAUCGCCGGCCACCGAAAUGCUAACCUGAACCCAUCAUUUUGGGAGAGGGAGCACGUCGCUCCGCAGCUUGACAGUAUCUUUGCGCCAAUUAUGGAGGAACACGAACAGACGAGCUUCCGAGCCGAAGUGUCGCGCGCAGGCCACCUCGGGAGUUCUCGCGUCUUGGAUGACAGACCCGGCACACCGGAGAACUACCAUGUCCAUGAGAUUGACAGAAGAAACGCAGCCUCGCCAACAAGCAUCGCCAGCAUGGAAGUUGUCUCCUGCUCUUUCCCCGGCAAGACCUCGAAAGGGGCCCAGCAUGGUAACAACCACCCGCUCGGUGCCCAUCCUGUGGCACCCGCCAGCUCUACGUAUUCCAACGCGGGACCGGUUGCCACGACACCAAGGACCUUGGUCGGAAAGCGGGUGCGGGCGGGUCAUGGGCACAAGAGAAACGUAAGCUUGACGGACUCACUCAGAGACAAGGAGCACGCCGCCGAAAGGAUGAUGGUCUCUCCAGACAUGGACUUUUUCAUGUCAUCGCCAUUCGCCGGCAGUCUUGUUCGGGGAAAUCUGAUGCCACCAGGCCAACCCUACGUGGAGGUCAUGCCCCCUUACUUCGCAGGUGAUAGUCAACGGCAUACAACCAUCUUCGAGGUGCCCGAAGAACAAAGAAAUGCGUCAGCAAUGUCUGGUCAAGGGAUGAAGAAGUUGAUUGGGAGUGUGCGACGAGCCCUCAGCACAAGAGGGCAGGGUGUUUCACCCACGCAAGGAAACUUCAUCAAUAUAUCUCCCAUCGGACCUCGUGGGGCGACGACAAACCGACUUCCCGGGACCGCAAUCGUUCCCCAGGCAAGGCCACAGCACGACGGAGUCCCCCCACCUGUGAGGAUAGACCUUUUGGGCGCAGAAACUGUUGAGGAUUUCAAGCAGGCUGUCCGAGAAGACGCGGCCGCUGAUGCCGAUGUCGAUGCCGGGCGGAGAGGACAACUUGGGCCAGUAGCAGAAGCCUUGCGCAACGCGAUUUCGAGGGAAGUCCUUGACAGCCCAGUAGCUCAUGCGGCCUACUCGUUUGAAAGCAUACCGGACAAUAACAUCCCGAGGCCCGCCAGUGACAUGGACAUCACGACAGGCAGCAAAUCAAUCGUCAUCGUUGACGACACGAUUCCAUCCUCCCUCCCAACCAUGCACGGAGCCUUACCGGCCAAUGAGUCUCUGGAGGCGUUUACUGAUACCUUCCUGCCAACUGCUGCAGACCCGACGCCACCGAACACCCCCCCCGGUCAACCCCUGGGCACUCCUAGACGGUCGUCUUAUCUCCUCAACCAGCAUGUCACUAGGCCUUCCAUUUCUGCGGAUCCUCUGCCCCCGUUUGUGCCCGAUUUGGCAACUUUGGGCAACAGCUCAAGCACACGCCCGUCUAUGGACACUGAUCACCAUUUCUCCCAUUUCGCUGAGAGAACUUCCAGCAGACCCAGCAUGACAAGAUUGGCGAGGAAUCACUUCCGACAGAAGUCAAGCAGAACAGGUCGGUCUCUCGAUCCGGCUGCAACUCGUCGACGCACUGCUUCAUUCGGGAGCGCUUUCGAUCCUCGUUCGACUGUUAGGAGUUUUGACGCGACCACAUACACGGAAAGUUCAGUCGCCGCCGGCGAAGAGGCCAGCCCGGCGCCUCCGCCAAUGCGUUUGUUGAGACGGCGACCUGGUGGCGACCUCCGAGCAGUGAACAACGUUGGAGAUCUGGAUACCCUGCCGCUGCGUAGGUCGCGGUCUGAAGGCUCUCUCACGACUUACUCGGAGUCUCUGCGAAGCUCUUCCUUGGCAAGCCCCAACCAAGACACAAGCGCUUUUGUAGACGUUGUGUCGAGCGAGUUCUCGCACCGAAACGAAGCGGACAACUUCUCACUCGGUGCCAUGGCGGAAUCAUCAACAAAACGUCAAGUUCCAUUCUUCAGCACACACUCAUCCAAGCCCAUUAUGCGCCCCUCGUUCGAGGCAGAGGCACAGAAACUCGCUCAAAUUCCUGACGACGAGGAUGGUGGAGGGGUGGAAUCGGCCUUGCUCAAGUUGGAAGGCAAAUACGAGAAGAAGUCUCUCAAACUGUCCAUGGAACCCUCAAACGCUCCGCUCCGGGGCGCAGAUGCUCUUCUAGAGGCCAAAGAGGAGCCCGAAGUUGAAAAACAUGGCAAGAGAGAGAACCGCCGGCUGCAUGUCGUCGCCGGCGACGCAGUACAGGGACGCCAAAAUGAAGGGCACGAGGCCCGUCUCAGCUCACUCAGCAUUGCUCAGAGAUCACGCACUGAGGCCAGCUUCUUGUCGAACAACUCUGCAGGAUCGUACUGCUCCAUCCCUCUUCUGGAACGCGAUCUGACAGAUGAUGGCCGGAGCAAAGUAUCCGCCCGCGAGCGGACCAGUAUGUCCAUCCAGGGGCCAGAAGACAUGUCACCGGCAGAAACCCCACGGCCGAUGUACGAAGGUUCGAUUUACGAUUCCUCCUUUGAGUUCGUCCAAAAGACCGAGAGCAUGGAAAGGAUCGGCUCGGGCGACACGAAGGCUCCGUUUAGUGAGCCAUCGCUCUUGGAGGAGAAAGUCGACGUUGACGACGAUGAUUCACACUCGGAUCUUUCUUCCGAGCUCUCGGCAGAGAUGGUCGAAACCGGAGAGUUCGCCAUGAACCAGACACAGCCUUUACCCGACCUCAAUGCACGACGCAGCGACUCCAUCCUAGAGUUCGAUCCUCGUCCCUUACGAGAAUCAAGCAUUGGCAUUUCGGAUGGCCCUCCUUCGCCGCCGAUGACGCUGGUUCAAGCACUUCAAAUGUCACCCGAAGCAGUCUGUGUUCCAGAGCUCCGUGAAGAUCAGGUGUACCAGGAAAAGCCUUUGCCGUGGGCCUCUGACAUGAGCCUGGCGACCAAGGACCAAGCUAGGUCGUCUUCUGACCCCACUGGCACCAGGGAAGCUCUACGAGGCCAGCCCACGGACUCAGAGGCGGAACGUGAAUCAUCGUUGAGAUUCUCAGUCCACCUGCCAUUCAUUCUCGCAUUCGACUCGGAGAUUCUCGCCCAACAAUUCACAUUAAUCGAAAAAGACGCCCUCAAUGAGAUCGACUGGAAGGAACUCAUCGACAUGGGUUGGAAGAACGCGACCAAGAACGACGCGCGAUCAUGGGUGGACUUCCUGCGCAACACCGAUGCUCAUGGUGUUGAAGUCGUUAUCGCGCGCUUCAACAUUAUGGUGAAAUGGGCGUGCAGCGAGAUUGUCCUCACUCAGAACAUUGAGGAACGGGCCCGAUGCAUCAUCAAGUUUAUUCACAUCGCCAAUCAUUGCCGCCGCUACCGCAACUUUGCCACCAUGAGCCAGAUCACCAUUGCCCUGACUUCCAUGGAGGUUUCUCGACUGACCAAGACGUGGGCCAUGGUCCCGGCCCACGACUUGCAGGCCCUGCGAGAGUUAGAAACCCUCAUUGCGCCCACACGAAACUUUUACAACUUGCGUGCGGAGAUGGAGGGUGGCUCCGACACGGGCUGCAUUCCGUUCGUUGGCAUCUACACACACGAUCUACUCUUCAAUGCCCAACGCCCUUCGGAGAUCGCUAGUUCGCCAACCACCGCCCCCCUAGUCAACUUUGAGCGAUGCAGAUACUCUGCCACAAUCGUCAAGACAUUGUUGAGGCUGCUUGAGGCUAGCACGCUGUAUCAAUUCUUGCCGGUGGAGGGUGUCACCGAACGCUGCCUAUGGAUGAGUGCUCUAACCGACGAUGAAAUACGUAAACACUCCCAUCGCCUUGAGUAA